AUGGUGUACUAUUUCACCUCCUCCGUCGUCGAACCGUCGGGCUUCGUUUACGUCGGCAAGGACAAGUUCGAGAAUGAGGACCUUAUUAAGUUUGGCUGGGAAGAGGAUAUCUGCGCACAUAUUUACCUACGUAUGAGAGAGGGCCAGAAAUGGGACGACCUCCCCGAAGAGUUGAUCAUGGAUCUGGCCCAAUUGACAAAGGCCAACUCUAUCGAAGGCAACAAGAAGGACAACGUCACAGUCAUCUACACCCCAUGGUCCAACCUCAAGAAGGAUGGCAGCAUGGAAGUCGGCCAAGUCGGCUUCAAGGAUCCUCGCAAAGUUAAGCGCGUACUCGUACCCCAGCGCGAGAACCCCAUCGUCAACCGCCUCAACAAGACAAAGGUGGAGAAGAAGCCCGACCUGAAGCAGGAACGUGAUGACCGUCUCAAGGAGCUGAGACAACGCGACCAGGCUGUCUUUCAAGCAAGGAAGAAAGAAGAGGCCAAGCAAGCGCAGGAGUGGAAGGAGAAGAAGUGGCAGAAGGAUCACGCUUAUGAUGAUAUCUUUACUGAUGAGCUCAUGGCUGGCUCGAGUAACCAGGACCGUGACGAGAACUGGGAGGACGAUUUCAUGUAG